CGGUCAAGAAGAUGAAUGAAUGAAUGAAUGAAUAACAUCAUGUUUCGAAUAUUUCUACUUUUUGGUUACGUUUAAGAAUUCCGAACGCUGGAAGGCAUCUUUCCUUUCAUGCUUGAUGGAUCUCUUUAGUCACACAUCACACCUGAAACCUUCCUCCACCCUCUACAACCUGCUUACAAACAGCUUUUCACAUUUUGGAAGAUGACCUCAGGUACUUAAAGUCCUCCACCUUCUUCACCUCUGUAACCUCACUGUCCUGCGGCUGAACUUCAUUCCUUUCCUUGAGUAUCUCUUCUAAACACCACGGUCCUCCGAGAUUCCUGUCUGACCUCAUCUAGUCCGUCCAUCACCACAGCAAACAAGAACCCAAGUACAUUCAGGUCCUAUUACAAUGCUGGAAAAUCACUGUUUGGUUGUUCUACUAAAUAUGCAGUAGGCAUCCACACACACAGGCAGUCUGGUGCUGUGAUUGUUUUUAUUGAUUUAUUGAUCUCCUUUUUAUUUUUUGGCCACGGUACAAACUGACAUGAAAAGUAUUUAAAAAAACAACAACAACAACAACAAUUGAUUAUACUCAACAUUUAUGACAGGAAUUUUCACAUUUUAAAGAAAAUUUAUUGACGCAACAAACUAAAAAUGUAGUUUGGUUUGGAAGAAUAAACCAUUCAUAGUUUUAAAACGUGCACACGUUGUAUCAUUUUAUAAAAACGUAUAGCUUCUUUUGUCAUAACUUAGCAUUUUAGAACGGCUUCACAUUUAAACAAAAAAAUAAAAAUAAAAAACACAGAUAGUACUUUAGCCCGAAACUGUGAUUACGCAGUGACCCCUACAAGGCGAAAUGGUACGCUCCGUAAAAGACGUCAUCCAAUCAACAGGUCGUUUCAUAAGACUGACGGGCGUUUCAACGAAUGGGAUUUUAUAAUGAAUAUGGGCGUAAAUCAUGACAGCCAAUCAAAGAAGAAAGGUAGACCAAACAGUCUGCGUCAGUUCUGACAGUGAACGCCGAGAAAAAAAAAAAAAAAACACCUUUACGCAAAUCCUUCCAAUGGAGGAGGACCAGGAGGUAGACGCUUGUUCGGCAAAUGAAAAGAACGUCUGCAAGCUAACCACCAAGCUCUUCUAAAGGACGGAAAAGCUCAAGUUCUCCUACAGCGGUCAGCAGCAGUAGCAGCGUAAAUAGACGCCGUGCCCCCUCCUCUGUGACUCCCCUUUCCUGGGAGAAGCACCACGCUGCCACCAUGUCAAACAUCACCAUCGACCCCGAGCUCAAGCCCGGGGAGUUCGUCAUCAAGAGUCUGUUUGCUGAGUUUGCUGUUCUGGCUGAGAAGAAGAUCGAGAUGGUUAUGGCUGAACCGCUGGAAAAACCCCUGUCCCGAUCCCUUCAGAGAGGGGAAGAUGCACAAUUUGACCAGUUAAUAAGCUCUAUGAGCUCAGUAGCAGAACACUGUUUACCCUCCCUACUCCGCACGCUGUUCGACUGGUACCGGAGGCAGAGCGGCACCGAAGACGAGUCCUACGAAUACAGGCCUCGCUCAAGUACAAAGUCUAAAGGAGAUGAACAGCACCGGGAUAAAGAUUACCUCCUUGAACGACGAGAUUUAGCCAUAGAUUUCAUUUUUUGUUUAGUUUCAGUGGAAGUUCUUAAACAGAUUCCUCUUCAUCCAGUGCCAGAUGUUUUAGUACAUGAAGUUCUAAACCUGGCAUUCAAGCACUUUAAACACAAAGAGGGGUACUGUGGGCCCAACACUGGCAAUGUCCACAUCAUUGCAGACCUGUACGCCGAGGUGAUCGGGGUGCUUACACAGUCAAAGUUUCAAGCAGUGAGGAAAAAGUUCAUCACUGAACUGAAGGAGCUCCGGCAGAAAGAGCAGAGUCCUCAUGUGGUUCAGAGCGUCAUCAGCCUUAUCAUGGGCAUGAAAUUCUUCCGGGUCAAAAUGUACCCUGUGGAGGACUUUGAAGCUUCUUUUCAGUUCAUGCAGGAAUGUGCUCAAUAUUUCCUUGAGGUCAAGGAUAAAGACAUUAAGCACGCUUUAGCCGGCCUUUUUGUUGAGAUCCUCAUUCCUGUAGCAGCGGCGGUAAAGAACGAGGUCAACGUUCCCUGUCUGAAAACAUUUGUGGAGAUGCUCUACCAGACAACAUUUGACCUCAGCUCCAGAAAGAAGCACUCUUUGGCUCUGUAUCCCUUGGUGACGUGUUUGCUGUGUGUCAGUCAGAAGCAGUUUUUUCUCAAUAACUGGCACAUCUUCCUCCAGAACUGCCUUUCACACCUAAAGAUGCCAUCUAACAACAGCAUCCGCAAGCAGAUUGAGACACUGCAGAAUAAGGAUCCUAAAAUGUCCCGUGUAGCAUUGGAGUCCCUCUACAGGCUUCUUUGGGUCUAUAUCAUCAGGAUCAAGUGUGAGAGUAACACUGUCACUCAGAGUCGACUGCUCAGCAUCGUGUCAGCACUUUUCCCUAAAGGCUCCCGGAGUGUGGUGCCCAGAGACACGCCUUUAAACAUUUUUGUCAAGAUCAUCCAGUUCAUAGCUCAGGAAAGGCUGGACUUUGCUAUGAAGGAGAUUAUCUACGACCUCCUCUGUGUGGGAAAGUCCCACAAAACCUUCACCAUCAAUCCAGAGAGGAUGAAUAUCGGUUUAAGAGCCUUCUUGGUGAUUGCUGAUAGCCUGCAGCAAAAAGACGGGGAGCCACCAAUGCCAACCACUGGCAUCAUCAUGCCCUCUGGGAACACCCUGCGAGUCAAAAAAGUCUUUCUGAAUACCACCCUCACUGAUGAAGAAGCUAAAGUCAUAGGUAUGUCAUUAUACUAUCCACAAGUUAGAAAGGCCUUAGAUAACAUCCUCCGUCACCUGGACAAGGAAGUGGGACGCUCCAUGAGCAUGACCAGCGUUCAGAUGUCCAACAAGGAGCCUGAAGAUAUGAUCACGGGUGAAAGGAAGCCAAAAAUCGAUUUGUUUAGGACAUGUGUAGCUGCCAUCCCAAGACUUUUGCCGGAUGGCAUGAGCAGACAAGAGCUAAUAGAACUUCUUGCAAAACUGACCAUCCACAUGGAUGAGGAGCUUCGUGGUCUUGCCUUUACAACCCUUCAAGCUCUGAUGGUGGACUUCCCUGAAUGGCGUGAGGAUGUGCUGUCAGGCUUUGCGUACUUUAUAGUCAGAGAGGUUACAGAUGUCCACCCCACUCUGUUGGACAAUGCUGUGAAGAUGCUCCUGCAGCUCAUCAGUCAGUGGAAGCAGGCCUUACAGAGCAACAACAAGAGUCACGAGUCGCAGCAGACCUCCAAAAACCGGCGUUCUGUGUCUCUGGAGCGGACCUCUCCGUCGACAGUGCUCCAUGUGGUGGAGGGAUUGGCUCUGGUUGUGCUCUGCAGCUGCCGCCCCGCUACACGCAGACUAGCUGUUAAUGUCCUCAAGGAGGUUCGCGUGCUGCACGCUGCACUGGGAAUCGCCAAGCUCCAUCAGGGAGAUGAAGAGCUGGCCAUUGAUGUAAUGGAUAGGUUGAGUGCAUCAGUGUUGGAGAGUUUCAUUCACCUGACUGGCGCUGACCAGACAAACCUGCUGUAUUGUCCCAGUGGGAUAGAUCUUCAGACGCUGGCGGAGUGGAGCUCAUCUCCCAUCAGCCAUCAGUUUGACGUCGUGAGCCCGUCACACAUCUGGGUGUUUGCCCACGUCACUCAGGGCCAGGAUCCCUGGGUCAUCAGUUUCUCCAGCUACCUGCGGCAGGAGAACCUGCCCAAGCAUUGCCCCACGGCCCUCAACUACGCCUGGCUGUUUGCCUUCACCCGUCUGCAGCUGCUGUCUCCACAAGUUGAUUUGAACAGCCCCAUCAAUGCCAAAAAAGUCAACAGUCUAAACAGCAGCGACUCCUACAUUGGCCUUUGGAGGAACUACCUGAUUCUGUGCUGCAGCUGUGCCUCCCCCUCCCCUUCCAUGUCCUCCUCAUCCUCCACGUCUGGCUCCGUCCGCUGCCCCCUACCCGAGACGCUGGCGUCCACUCCAGACAGCGGCUACAGUUAUGACUCAAAGAUUGUUGGUGCUCCGUCCCCCUCGUCCCUCUUCAAACACAUCGUUCCCAUGAUGCGCUCCGAGAGCAUGGACAUAACAGAGUCUCUGGUGUUGGGGCUUGGCAGGACCAACCCCGUAGCCUUCAGAGAAUUAAUAGAGGAGUUGAAUCCUAUCAUUAAAGAAGCUCUGGAAAGAAGGCCUGAAAACAUGAAGCGGCGCAGGCGUCGAGACAUCCUCAGAGUCCAGCUGGUCCGGAUAUUUGAGCUUCUUGCUGAUGCUGGUGUCAUCAGCCAUACAGUCAGUGGAGGUUUAGAGAACAACUCUCUGAACAGCGUGCUGCUGGAGUACGUUGAUCUGACCAGGCAGUUGCUGGAGGCAGAAAAUGACAAGGACUCCGACACGCUGAAGGACAUCCGCUGUCACUUCAGCGCACUCGUGGCCAAUAUCAUCCAGAAUGUUUCAGUCAAGAACCGGAAGAGCAUCUUCCCUCAGCAGUCGCUGCGGCACAGUCUCUUCAUGCUGUUCAGUCACUGGGCUGGGCCCUUCAGCAUCAUGUUCACCCCGCUGGAUCGCUAUAGUGACAGAAAUAUGCAGAUAAACCGCCACCAGUACUGUGCACUAAAGGCCAUGUCUGCAGUGUUGUGUUGUGGACCUGUAGCAGACAACGUGGGCCUCUCCUCUGACGGCUACCUCUACAAGUGGCUGGAUAACAUCCUGGAUUCACAGGACAAGAAGGUCCAUCAGCUUGGUUGUGAGGCGGUGAUGCUGCUGCUGGAGCUGAAUCCGGAUCAGAGUAACCUGAUGUUCUGGGCUGUGGACCGUUGUUACACCGGCUCACGCCGCGUCGCCGCCGGCUGCUUUAGAGCAAUUGCUCACGUCUUUCACAACAGGGAUUACCAGUUUGACACUGUGGUGCUGCUGAACCUGAUCCUUUUUAAGGCAGCGGAUUCUUCCAGAGAAAUCUACGAAGUGGCCAUGCAGCUGCUGCAGAUCCUGGAGCCAAAGCUCUUCCGUUAUGCCCACAAACUGGAGAUCCAGCGAAUGGACGGCAUCCUGACCCCUCCGUCGCCUCUGCCUCAUCUCUACUCCGUAUCUUACUACCAGCUGUCUGAGGAGCUCGCACGGACUUACCCAGAGCUCACUCUGCCCAUCUUCUCAGAGGUGAGCCAGCGGAUCCAGACAGCGCAUCCCGGUGGUCGGCAGGUGAUGUUACACUACCUCCUACCGUGGAUGAACAAUGUGGAGCUUGUUGACUUAAAACCGGCCCGGCGGCCCGAGGACGUCAGCGGGGCGGAGGAUGAGGAGGAGGAGGAGGAGGACCGGGAAGUGGUGAUGGUCAACAGUCGCAGGUGGCUCCGAGGAGAGGGCUGGGGGUCUCCUCGUGCAACCACCAUGGUGCUAAACAAUCUCAUGUUCAUGACUGCAAAGUACGGAGAUGAGUUUGCCUGGUCAGAAAUCGAGAAUGUUUGGACAACUUUAGCAGACAGCUGGCCAAAGAACCUCAAAAUCAUCCUGCAGUUCCUCAUCAGCAUGUCCGGAGUCAGCAGUGACCCCAGCCUUUUGCCCUAUGUGAAACGCGUGGUGGUUUACCUGGGCAGAGAUAAGACUAUGCAGCUGUUGGAGGAGUUGAUGUGUGAGCUGGAGAUGACGGAUCCGGUCAGCUCAGCCAUCACACACAUGGACAACCCUCCUUAUUACCGCAUCACUUCCAGUUACAAGAUUCCCUCAGUCACCUCAGGAACAACAUCCAGCAGCAAUACCAUGGUUCCAGGAAAUGAUGGACACCAUGACAGCAAGCUCAAAGACCCCAACAUGGAAGAAAGUUACACUCACCUGGACAUCUACAGUGGACUGAACAGCAACCUGAACCGCCAGCAUCACCGCCUGGAGUCUCGUUACAGCAGCAGCUCCGGGGGCUCCUACGAAGACGAGAAAAGUGACUCCAUGCCACUUUAUGCAAACUGGCGGUUGAAAGUGAUGGAGCACAACCAGCCAGAGGCCCUCCCCUUCCCCCCCUCAGGGGGCUGCUGGUCUCCUCUGGUGGAUUACUUGCCAGAGACGAACACCCCUGCAGUGCCGCUCCACAGGUGUAACAUUGCGGUCAUCCUGCUGACGGACCUCAUAGUGGACCAUGGGGUCAAAGUAGAGUGGAGCGCCUACCUGCACCUUCUGUUGCAUGCUGUAUUCAUCGGGUUUGAUCACCAUCACCCAGAAGUCUAUGAGCACUGCAAACGUCUGCUUCUCCACCUGCUGGUGGUCCAGGCAUCAAGUAGCAGUGUUCAGUCUGUAGCUAUGGUGCUGUUAGGUAACAGAGACUGCAACGAUCCAAAGGUUCUGACUGUCAAGCCAGCACCUCGAGAGUUAAAGCUCACAGUUUCCACAGGAACCCGGGAGAUUCUGACGGACUUCCAGCCAUCACCAAUGACGGACUCUGGCCUCAGCUCGAGCUCCACCUCCUCCAGUAUUAGUCUAGGUGGGGGGGGUGGAGCUCUGUCCAGCCUCUCCCCACCCCUCCUCAGUGAUAGUGAUGUGGCUGGAGAGCAGGAGGAGAAGGCCAAAGCUCUUAUUGAGUUUAUUACGUCGAGAAAACGGGGUCCGCUCUGGAACCACGAAGACGUGUCGCCCAAGAACCCGGGCAUAAAGAGCGCAGACCACUUGAGCAGCUUUGUCAGGCGUGUGGUGACCGUCUUCAAGAACUCCCAAACAGGGUUCCAGCUGGACUCGCUGCUGAGUGAGGUGGCCCUGAGAACGGCUCUGUCUUGCUCCUCUCGCCACUACGCUGGCCGCUCGUUCCAGAUCUUCAGGGCACUAAAGCAACCUCUGACUUCAGCCACACUAUCCGACAUUCUGUCUCGGCUGGUUGAGACUGUGGGGGACCCAGGAGAAGAUGCUCAGGGCUUCGUCAUUGAGCUGCUUCUGACUCUAGAGUCGGGCAUUGACACAUUGGCUGAAACGGUCAAAAACUAUGACUUCCUCUCUGCCUUGACACAGACCUCAGCUCACGAGCAUCUGCUGGGGGCCAAGUUUGCUGCCAACAGAAAGAGCACAGGCCAGCUCAACCUCCACAGCAGCGGGCUGCCCCACGCCGUGCACACUCGCAGCAACUCUCUGCGUACCAGCCUGAUGAGCGAGCGCAAAGCCGACAGACGCAGGAGCAACACUCUGGACAUAGCAGACCGACUCGGCAGCAGCCUGGGAAAUCUGGCACGCACAAGGAGCCUGUCGUCUCUAGGAGGCGGAGUCAGCCCGGGACGAGACGCUGCUCCCCCCGUAGACCCGUCAAAUCUGAUGGCAACUGUCUUCUGGAUUGCCACUUCGCUGCUGGAGUCGGACUAUGAGUUUGAGUACCUGCUGGCCCUGCGGCUCCUGAACAAGCUGCUGGGGCAGAUGCCUCUGGACCGCACAGAUAGCAGGGAGUGUCUGGAGACGGUCCAGGAGAAGCUGAAGUGGUACAACUUUCCUGGCCUGCUUCAGCUUUUCCUCAAAGGUUUCACUUCUGCAUCUACACAAGAGCUAACCAUCCACCUGCUCAGCAAGCUCAUCACUGUGUCCAGACAGAUGCUCAUCGACCCUACACAAGUGGCAGGUUUCCCGCUGAACAUCCUGUGCCUCCUGCCACAUCUCAUCCAACACUUUGACAGCCCAACUCCUUUCUGCAAAGAAACGGCAGAUAAAAUAGCCAAGGUGUGUGCAGACGAGAAGUCCGCCACGCUCUCCAACCUGGCCCACAUGAUGAGCCUGUACAGCACGCACAGCUACUCCCGGGACUGCACCAACUGGAUCAACGUGGUCUGCCGGUACCUCAACGACGCCUUUGCGGAGAAAAUCCUCAACCUGGUCACUUACCUGGCUGAGCUACUGGAAAAAGGCCUUCCCAGCAUGCAGCAGUCAUUACUGCAAAUCAUCUACAGCCUUCUGAGUCAUAUUGACCUUUCAGCGGCUCCUGUCAAACAGUUCAACCUGGAAAUUAUGAAGAUUAUUGGAAAAUAUGUUCAGAGCCCUCACUGGAGAGAGGCCCAGAACAUUCUGAAGCUGGUGGUGUCUCGCUCAGCCAGCCUGGUGGUGCCGGACGACGUGCAGCGCUCCUACAGCUCUGAGUCCUGCAGCUCUCCUGAAAUUGCCUUCACUCGUAUUUUCAACAACUCUUCCAAGGAGUUGCCUGGCAAGACUCUAGACUUCCACUUCGACAUUUCUGAGACGCCUAUUAUAGGACAUAAAUAUGGGGACCAGCGUACAGCUGCAGGGCGGAAUGGAAAACCCCAAGUGAUUGCUGUAACAAGAAGCACCUCCUCCACAUCAUCAGGGUCCAACUCCAAUGGGCUGGUUCAAGUUAGCUGGAAGAGGCCUCAACUCUCACAGAGGAGAACGAGAGAGAGGCUGAUGAACGUCCUGUCUCUAUGCGGCCCAGAAUCUGGCAUUCCCAAAAAUCCAUCUGUAAGACUCCUCUCCUACUCUAAAGGCUCAGAAAAGGUGGUUUUCUCAUCCAACGAGGAUCUGGACUCUGCAGAUCAGCAGACCAGCCUUAUACCCACUGUGGAGGAGGUGACCGGGGAGGAGGAGGUGCUGGGGGAGGACACAGGCAGCGAGCAGCAGUUUGGUGUCUUUAAGGACUUUGACUUCUUAGAUGUGGAGUUGGAAGAUGCUGAGGAGCUCCAGGGGGAGAGCAUGGACAACUUCAACUGGGGCGUACGGCGCCGCUCACUGGACAGCAUGGACAAAGCGGACACGCCGUCUUUGCAGGAAUGCCAGUACACAGGCAGCACGCCGAGCCUGAAUCUGACCAACCACGAGGACACAGACGAAUCUUCUGAAGAGGAGGUACUGAGCGCUAGCCAGGUUCUCAGCCGCUCCGGCCUUCUAAACAGCGACUCCGCCACAGACGACGCCACAUCCAACCACGUGGACUCCCUGCAGCAUUCCCAAGAAUCGUCCAGCAGCGCCGUGACCGAAGAGGCGUCUGUCCUGCAGCCUCUGCCCUCUGUCCCCUCCCUCCCCUGUUUGGAGAUGACCCACUCGAGCAGCACCUGCAGCCAGCUGCCUGAGGAUGCUGUGAGCGUGACGGCAGCAGACGAGCUGAGCAGCAGUGUGAGCGAGGACACCGGGUUCUCCAGCGCCCCCCCUCUGUCCUCUGACCCCCUGGAGCUGUGCGACCUUCCAGACCCACACGACCCUCAGGAGACGCUGGACCCUCCUCCGGACCUGAACCUGGACCACCCUCCCCCGCCGGCCACUGACACUCCGCCGGGCUCCCUUUGCGAGGAAGAGUCCCAGACGGUACUGGAUCUGUGUCUGCCGGCUCCUCCUGAAACCAAGCCGGACCCGUAUCCGGACAGCACUUGUGACUCUGUGUGGGAAGAAGACGUGACUCAGGCCCUGAAAGAGCUGGACGAUCGCUGUGAGGAAGAGGAGGCGGAUUUCUCUAGCAUGUCCAGUCAAGAUGAAGGUGACGCAGACUGCUUCUCUGAGAUUCAGGCCUCUCCGCCCCCUUCGCCCUUCCUCUCUGCCAUUCUGGCAGCGUUUCAGCCUGUUGCCUACGACAGCGAGGAGGAUGCUUGGCGUUGCCAUGUCAACCAGAUGCUGUCAGACACCGAUGGGUCAUCGGCUGUUUACACUUUCCAUGUGUUUUCCCGACUCUUUGAGAGUAUUCAAAGGAAAUUUGGCUCCAUCACACAUUCGUCAGUUCGUUUUCUUGGAGAAAGGCUUCAGCGGAUGGGUAACCAGUUCCUCAGUUCACUGGAAGUCAUGACGUCCUGCUCGCAAUGCCCCACAGUCCUGAUGGACGCAGAGACGCUGGUUUCUUGUGGACUGUUGGAGACUCUGAAGUUCAGUGUCCUGGAGCUGCAGGAGCACCUGGACACUUACAAUGCCAAGAAAGAGGCUGCAGAGGAUUGGCUGGAGAACUGCAGGAAGACCUUUGGAGACAAAGACAGCAGCCAGAGACCCAGCAGUCAUGCACAGCAAAUGGAAAGUCUAGCAGAACUGGAGUUGUGUCGACGGCUGUACAAGUUGCACUUUCAGCUGCUGCUCCUGUUUCAGGCCUACUGUAAGCUCGUCAGCAGGGUGGACACCAUCAAGAGGGAAGCAGAGGUGACCAACAUGUCUGAGGAACUGGCUGUUCUGGAGAGCUGCCUGAGCGAGGCAGACACAGGAAAUGAUGGUCAGGAGGACGUGUGCCUGUCAGACAAUGCCCACACCAACACGGAGACGGCCAUCCAGUCCCUGAUUGAAACACUGCGCGCCCGAGACUUCAGCUCUGCUCUCACACAAGUCAAGAUCUUCAGAUCUUUAUGGCCCAACGACAUCUUCGGCAACGAGACGGACAACGCGGUCCAGACCCUCCUGCACAUCUACUUCCGUCACCAAACUCUGGGCCAGACCGGCUGCUUGGCGGUAGUGGGGCCCAGCAGAGACCUGUCCCAGGCCAGCACCCGCCUCAUGGAGCUCAACCUGCAGAUCCGCGAGGCUCUGAGUCAAGCCCAGGUCUGCCUGCCCCACCCCACCAUGGUCAGCACCAGCCUGUGAAGAGGCGGACAGAGACUCCACCUACAAAGGGCUAAAGGAUGUGUGGGAAUAACUGUGACUCUUAAUAUAUCUUCGUGUAUGAAUGCUUGGAGCCGACAUCUUUCCUCAGACCGAGCCAACCUGCAGAAUUCUGUUGCAAUAAGUCUCCCGGUGGAGCGUCUGAGGAAGGCCUCGCCUGUUCCAGAGACGAUCAAGAUUCUAAAGCAUGCUUGAAAGGAGAGCACUGCAAGAAUAUUUUUUUGAGAAAUGUAUUUUUUAUUAGAGCUAACAUCUUAGGUUGUAAAUGUUGGGCUAUUUAACAUGUAACCCUGAAGGGCGGGGGGGGGGUGUACAAAGAAAUGUUUAUUGAUACGAGAGUCCCUUCCAAAGGCCUUCAUGCUUAACUCACUUUAACCAAAUAGUAGAUGCCUUUAGAGACUCUGGUAUUCACUCACAAAUGCAAACUUGCUAUGGCUAAGAAAUAACUUAUUUUACUCUGUAUAUAUUUUAGAAGGUGUAUAGUGUAAAACCAGUAUUUUCCCCUUUUGUGCAUUGCACUGUUCAUCCAGACUAGGAUGUAUAAAGACGAGUCUCUGCUCCUUGGUCCUCUGACGGACCGUCUUCAUGCAUUCCUCACAGAUCCUGCUUCUUGCACCUUUGUCUGCAGACAGGCUGAAUUCCAGGCCCUCUUUGCUGCUGUAACUUCUGUACUCAGUUUGAAGACUUCAUGUAGAGCUUCUCGGGUAUUAAAGGAUUUAUCCUUUCAAUAAAACCGGCUGGAGUUUGCAGAAAAAGGGACGCUCAGUCAGUACGAGCUGCAA